GUGCUGGCUUACAUAAUGGGCAGUGGCAUUCUGUAUCUUUGUCAACCAAAAAGAAUCGUGUAACCUUAAUGGUAGAUAAUGAAGCAAUGUCUACAUCGCAUAUGUUAGUACCUAUGCACAUAUUUUCAGGAGACACCUAUUACUUUGGAGGAUGCCCUAUUAAUGUCAACAAUUCAGAAUGUAAGAACCCCUAUAGUAGCUUCCUUGGAUGUUUGAAACAAAUUUCCAUUGAUGGCAAACCUGUAGAUUUAAUUUCAGUUCAAAAAAAUUCAGUGGGACAUUUCAGCGACCUUCAGAUAGAUUUGUGUGGCAUUAUAGACAGAUGUCUGCCCAAUUAUUGUGAACAUGGUGGUGAAUGCUCACAGUCCUGGAACAGUUUUUAUUGCAACUGUGCAAACACAGGUUACACGGGGGCUACAUGUCAUUAUUCUAUAUAUGAGCAAUCAUGUGAAGCUUAUAAGCACAGAGGGAACACUUCAGCUUUUUACUACAUCGAUUCAGAUGGGAGUGGCCCCCUAGGGCCAUUUCUUGUAUACUGCAAUAUGACAGACACCACUUGGACAAUUAUACAGCACAACAACACUGAGUUAACCAGAGUCAAAACUGCUAAUCGGGAGAACCCUCACAGUGUGUUUUUCAAAUAUGCUGCCAGCCUAGAACAGCUCCAGGCUACAAUUAACCAUGCAGAACAAUGUGAACAGGAGCUUGCUUACCACUGCAAAAAGUCACGGCUUUCUAACAAGCAAAAUGGAAUUCCAUUCAGCUGGUGGAUUGGAAAAAUCAAUGAGACACAGACUUACUGGGGAGGUUCCACUCCUGAUGUUCAGAAAUGUGCUUGUGGAAUAGAAGGAAGUUGCAUUGAUUCCCAACAUGAUUGUAACUGUGAUGCUGACAGAAAUGAAUGGACAAAUGACACAGGACUUCUGUCCUACAAAGACCAUUUGCCAGUAACAGAACUUGUCAUCACAGAUACAGGCCGUCCAAAUUCUGAAGCCGCUUAUAAACUUGGACCUUUACUCUGUCAGGGUGAUAGAGAGUUUUGGAAUGCAGCCUCCUUCAACACUGAAGCCUCAUACCUCCAUUUUCCCACUUUUCAUGGAGAACUAAGUGCAGACGUGUCCUUUUUCUUUAAGACUACAGCUUCUUCUGGUGUGUUUUUGGAGAAUCUGGGAAUCAGAGACUUCAUAAGAAUAGAACUGCAUUCACCACUUGAAGUGACAUUUUCAUUUGAUGUGGGAAAUGGGCCUAAUGAAAUCACAGUGCAGUCACCCAUUCCCUUAAAUGACAACCAGUGGCACUAUGUGAAGGCUGAAAGAAACAUCAAAGAGGCAUCGCUGCAAGUAGACCAGCUCCCUCAAAGGACUCACACAGCUCCAUCUGAUGGGCAUAUCCGUUUGCAGCUCAACAGUCAGCUCUUUGUUGGUGGGACGGCAUCAAGACAAAAAGGAUUUUUGGGAUGUAUUCGUUUUUUACAAUUAAAUGGAGGAGCCCUUGAUUUGGAAGAAAGAGCCAAAGUAACCCCUGGUGUAAAGCCAGGUUGUCCUGGACAUUGUAGCAGCUAUGGUAACUUAUGUCACAAUGGAGGAAAAUGCAAAGAGAAAUACAAUGGAUUCUCUUGUGAUUGCACUUUUUCUGCAUAUACAGGGCCAUUCUGUAAGAAAGAGAUAUCUGCAUAUUUUGGAGCUGGUUCAUCAGUAAUAUACAACUUUCAAGAAUCCUACAAUGUUGCCAAGAACUCCAGUUCACAUGCAGCUUCUUUCCAUCCCGACAUGACACUAACCAGAGAAGCGAUUACACUGAACUUUCGAACAACACGGAUUCCAAGCUUACUUCUUUAUGUAAACUCAUUCUACAAGGAAUAUCUUUCAGUUAUUCUUGCCAAAAAUGGAAGUUUACAGAUCAGAUAUAAGCUAGAUAGCCAUCGAGAUCCCGAUAUCUUUAGCGUCAGUUUCAAAAGUAUGGCUGAUGGACAGCUUCAUCGUGUGAAGAUUAAAAGAGAAGAAGAAAAACUAUUUGUGGAGGUUAACCAGAAUGAAAGGAUGAAGUUCUUUCUGUCUUCAGACAUUCAGUUCAAUGCAAUCAAGUCUCUCAUUCUUGGCAAGAUCCUUGCAGAGAAUAGCGAUGUAGACCCAGAUACCAUGAAGGCAAACUCCCAGGGGUUUAUUGGAUGCCUCUCUUCAGUGCAGUUCAAUCAUGUUGCUCCUUUGAAGGCUGCUCUGCACCAUCCCAGCUCAGCUCCAGUCAUUGUUAAAGGACAUUUCAUGGAAUCCAACUGUGGGACUUUAACUGGAGCUGAUACAGCAUCAAGUGAAACAACCCAUUCAUUUGCAGAUCAUUCAGGACCAAUGGAUGAAGGGGAGCCUUUAGCUAAUGCAAUAAGGAGUGAUUCUGCAAUUAUUGGGGGUGUGAUCGCUGUUGUGAUAUUCAUUCCACUUUGCAUUGCUGCCAUUGCUGUACGGAUUUAUAAAAAGAAAAGUAUAUAUAAAAAAAAGGAGGUGAAGGGAUCAGAAAAUGAGGAUAGUGCUGAGACUGUCCUGAAAAAUGAGAUCAACGUGCAAAAUACAAUCAAUGAAAAUCAAAAGGAAUAUUUCUUCUGA